UUUCCCUCCAAGCUGCCAGUCUGUGGAGGCGGUCAAAGCUCUGUGCGCCGCGCACAUCCACUCUGUCUGACUCUGCCGUGCUUUCCUUUUCUUGUUUAUGGCUGGCUGGCUGUCUUCCCCAGACAAAGGAAAAGACAGAUUUGUUAUCUCUGCUCUCUCCCUUCACCUUUACGUAUUGUUUUCAUCGCGUCUUCAGGCCUAACAGAUCCAGCUUCUCCAUCCAUCCCCUUUUCACACAAACCCAGAGCCCUCAUCCAUUGUUUUCCUUUUCUGUCCCUCACCGUGGCUAUAAACGUUCAACCUGCUACUCCUGGAAUCCUUGCAGAUGUCCGCAGCCUGGCGCUGACGUGGGCGCUCGCCAGCAGCCCAGAUGCAUUUGCGACUCCUUGCCAUUGUGAUAUCCUUGCUAUGUGAAGUGAUCAGGAUGGGUUCCGGCAUCGUGCAGAAAAGAAGCGCUCACAGAGGGACAUCAGAGGAUUGUCGAGGCUGUCUGGAAUGUUCCCCUGACAACGGCUGUGUGCGUUGCCCGGAGCGACUCUUUCUGCAUCUGCAGAGAGACGGGAUGUCUCACCAUGGGACUUGUCUCCAUGCGUGUCCUGCUGGACACUUUGGACAAAGAGGGAAGGACAUCAACCGCUGCAUGAAGUGCCGUUCUUUGGACUGCGACCAGUGUUUCAGCCGUGACUUCUGCACCAAGUGUAAAUCAGGCUUCCAGGUCUACAAAGGCAAGUGUCUGAGCCAAUGCCCAGAGGGAACCUUCGCUUAUCAGACGGACUGCCUCGAGAACUGUAUUCCUGGGCCUCUGUUGGGCGAAUGGAGUGAGUGGAGCAUCUGCCUUCGUAAUGGCGCCACCUGUGGCUUCAGGUGGGGAAAACAAACCAGGACCCGGGGAAUCAGGCAGUCCGGAAGAACGCCCGAAAAGAAUGGAGCUUCACUCUGCCCAUCCCACAGUGAGAUGCAGAGGUGCAGGAUGAAGAAAAAAUGUCCUACAGAAAGAAUAAAGAAUAAAAAAGGACUGGGAAGAAAGCGGGAGAGAAAACGACUACGCCUGCUAGCCAACGGGACCGCCGUGGAGCCACCAAACAGCACGAUGAACGCCACCGUAGACAGCGGCGAUCACUGAGGAAGACGCACAGACAGGGACAUGUGACAUGUUGACCUUUCGUUCAGCAGCCAGAAGGUCAACAUUCGUUAUUUACUCCUGAAUCCACGCGGCCACGAGACUUCCAUAAAGUUGGAUGCAAGUUUCCAUUUCACUGAAAUACCGAAUUGUGUCAGAGCUGCUUUAU